GUGCACUGUGUUUCCUUGAGUCACGGUGUUACAAAUGCCAAUUUCUUCGACAUUGGCGUUGGGUAGACGCUUUUCAACGGUUGCCGUAGGCUACCACCGCAUUUAUUUCGCACUGUUUGCUAAGGAGGGCAGAGCCAACAUCAGUCGCCUGUCAGAUAUGUUUGUGCACCAGCACUGGAGUUUUAUUUCGUGUUGUGAUAAGCAAGGGACCUGCAACGUCAUUCCCGACAUUCAUGUUCUAGAUAUCUCUGAUUGCGACGUCAGGUAAUCUGUAUGCUGCGGAUCCGAGCUUUCUUUGCAUGUCAAGAUUUGUGGCAAAUGCAACUCGCAUUCGUCGUUAUCAACAACUUCAGGUUUCCAGUAGCUUUCUUCAUCAGCUGUCCCGAGGCCAAACUGGCGAACCUUAGUAUUCGCCAUCUUCAACAUGACACAAGCACAUGAGAUAGAGGACGAGCAAUUCCCGCCCGGCACUUCUCGUCUGAUCGAUGUCGAGGGUAAUAUCGUCACCAAGCAUGCCACUGGCGAGGGGCAAAAGGACAUCAUUUUGGUGCCGCGACCAUCUGAGGAUCCAGAAGAUCCAUUGAAUUGGACGUUCAAACGAAAACUGCUGGCGACAUCAUGUAUCGUCGUGUACACCAUCAUGAUUGCUAUCCCAAGCAGUGCUGUCUAUUCGGUCGUUACACCAAUCAGAGCCGCCACAGGACUUUCUUUGACUGAUAUCAACAACGGAACGGGCAUCAUGUUUCUGUUCUAUGGAUGGGGGUGCAUCAUAUGGCAACCACUGGCACUGCAAUACGGAAAGCGACCUGCAUAUCUCUUCUCUCUGAUUGCCAAUAUUGCAAUCCUUGGAACUGCGCCUCUCUGCACAACCAGAAACACCUAUUUGGCAAACCGUAUCCUGCUCGGCCUGUUCGGUUCUCCCGUCGAGUCACUCUGUGAAAUCUCUAUUACCAAUAUUUGGUUCUCACAUGAGCGGCCAAAGUACCUGGCUUGGUACGGAUGGAGUUUGAGCAUGACCGGCAAAUUCGCGCCCAUGUUGUCCGGCUUCAUCAACAUUGGAAUGGGAUGGAAGUGGACGUUGUGGUGGUGUUCCAUAUUCAACGGCAUUGCGUUUGUGUAUUGUUUCUUGUUCAUGGAAGAGACGAAUUAUGAUCGCCCAGCUCAUCACUCGCCGCCCGCCCAAGCUUCGCCUGAAACACAUGGCCACGAGUCCAGUGAGACUGAUGAGAAAGCUGGGAUGAAGACAGCACAAGUUGCAGGUUCGGCAGAUUGCGAGUCGGGUGAUAUAGUGUAUCCCCGCAAGACAUACAUCCAGAAGCUGGGUAUUAAGGAUAAAAAGAGGGAGAAUCGAAUGUUGGACGUCGCCUUGGCUGCUUUCAAGGGGUUUACAUAUCCUCCGGUUGUCUAUGCUGGUCUCAUGUACGGCGCCAACAACCUGGUGUGGAGCGGCGUACAGAAUGCCACCGCGGGAACAGUGUACACAACGAUGUACGGUUGGUCCACAGCUGGUGUCGCAGCAGCGUACUCUGGUGGGCUUCUGGGAACUUGCAUCGGUGGCUACUACUGUGGCAAAGUGGGUAAAAUGCUCACCAUCAAGCUUGCCCGCCGUAACGGUGGAAUUGCCGAGGCUGAACACACGCUCUGGCUCUUUGUCGCAUCCAUGAUCCUGGUCCCUUUCAGCAUGCUGCUGUAUGGACUAGGGGUCACGUAUCAUAUCCACUGGUUUGGACUUGUCUUUUCGCAGGUAACGCUCGCUAUCAGCAAUUCGCUUUGUGUCGCUGCUGGUUUGGGCUACGCAAUUACGUCAUAUCCUGAGUUGAGCGGCGAUAUGGUCACAACGUGUGUUCUCAUCCGGAACACUCUCAGUUUUGCUAUCAAUUAUGGCAUCACGCCUUGGAUUACGGCUAUGGGGUACCGAAACACAUACAUCAUCGUGGCUGUGAUUGGAUUUGUGUGGAAUGCGAGUUUGUUCUUCAUGGUGAAGUUCGGUAAGGGGUUCAGAGUCAAGACUGCGGUGAGGUAUUGGAAGGAUGUGGAAAAAGCGCGAGCAAAGGGGUUGAGCCACUGAUUGUUAGGUUGCAUCUGGACUAAUAAGCCGUGCCAUUUAUUUAACAUAUCAUAGAAAUACCAUUGCCA